ACAUAUUCUACUGUCAAAUACGAUAGUUAAUAAUAGAGAUCGAUUGGGCACGUUCACCUUAACUAUAUGCAAAAUUCAACUAUAAGACUUAAAAUUAAAAAAGAAAAGAUACAUUCCUUUUAAAUUACUAAACUGAUGUAUCUGAGUUCAGUCGGCCUACUUACUGAUAAAAGAUAUGGGUGUUUGUAGAAUUAUCUGAACACCAAAGAAUGAAAAAAUAGUAAUUUCAUUAACGUGAAUAUUGUUGAAAAGAUACUAGAAAUGGUGACAUUUCAUCAUUAACUAAAAAUAAAAACUCUUUCAACUUCUCUUUAUUUAGCACUAGUUUUUAUCUUUAAUUAUAUGAUAAAUAUGUAUGUCUUACAGUUUUUUUUUAAGAAAAAACCUGUUCAAAAACAAGAAAUAUUUUAUUCACAUAAAUGUUUAUUUAAACAUUUUCACUACAUUUAGUAAAAUGAAAUGAAAUUCUCGGAAGAUUGAUGUUGAAACGAUGAAUCUCAAUAUGUUCAUAUUCAUUUGCAAUAUUGGUUUAAUCAAGAGAUUCUUCUUCAAUUAAUAUGAUGUCAAAAAAUAACUCUUUGGUUAAUUAAGAAAUUACAAGAAAAAGAAUGUUUUUCCAGUGGUGUGACUACAUUCUAGAAUAUUAAAUUCUUUUCUAUGAGAUCUAUGACGCAGAACGCUUCUACUAUCAUCAUAUUGAAAACAAGUUAUACCUAGAAAUAAUUCUUUUCAUCAAUGCUUUCUCGAUAUUUUAAUAAUAAUAAUGUAAUGUUUGUUCAUCACAGAUGGUUGAUAUCCAACAGAAAAAAGAAAGAACAAAACCUACGUUUUUAAUCACAUAAAGUAUCUUGAGUGAGCUCUUAGUUGUUAAACUAGAUUGCUCUAGAAAAACUUGCCAAAGGUGAGCACAUUUAUAUUCAGUAAAGUUUUUUUCUAAUUAUAUUCAAGUUUUGAAACCAAUCGCAUAUGUAAUAAAGGUAAAAUGAAUUUAGCAAACAAUUUUGCCUAAUUUUUCUCUAUAAUGAACAUCUCGAACAUCUUAAUAUUAGAAGGUACAAAAAUUUUGAUCACUAUGCUUUUGUUGUUUAACUAACAACAAUUAUUGACAAUAAGUAAAAUAUUAUUAUAAGAUGAUAUUUAUAAAAGAAAUCUUUCACAAAUACAUAAUUAUUUUUGCUAUUGUUCUACUCUAUUUGUAACAUCAUGUUCUUGUUAAAAAAAUCACAAUAUUGGUUUUCGUUUGAAAGGAAACAUAUAGUUUGAUCGUAUGUUCAAGUGACUUUUUUCUUCGAGAGCAUAUUCGUAGUAUAAUUUUAAAAAAGUGUUUUUCCAAGACCUAAAGUGUACAGUUUGUUUUCUAGAUACAAUUCAUGGUGAUACGUUUCAAACAACUUAUUUUAGUAUAAGAAAAAUAUCAACAUGAGAGUUUUUUCUUAGUUUAAUUCUUUACCGACAAUCUACCUUUUGCUGAAUGAUCUUUGUUCGUAAUGAUCAUUCAAUCAUUUUAUCAAUUACGAUAGAUAAUUAAUCUACUAAGGUAGAAUAAUGAAUAUUCCUGUUAUGUUCAACAGAUAAAACCAUUUUUCUGUGAAAAUUUUAUUAUGAAAUUUAUUCGUAAUAAAAAAUUUUCUGGCAGUAUAUACUUCUUUUUUUUUACAAUAAUUAAUCAUUUACUUUGAAUAGAAAAAUAUUGAAAAGUUUAGUAGACACAUUAAUAAAGCUAUUCCAACAUUAAUAUUAGAUAAGACCAACUUAGUAACAGAUUAUCACGAAAACUAUGUUUAAAAUCAUGUUCUUGUAAAUGUGUGGAAAACGAUUUUAUGGAAAACAUAAGCCGUUUAGUUUUGUCAAUGAAUAUUACUACUGAUUUAAAUAAAAAAUCGAUUAUAUUUUUAGAUAUUAAAAAUGACAUUAUUUACUUUUAUCAAUAUAUGCUCGUUCCUUUUUCUGCUGCCUAUUGAUGAAGUAUCAGGUAAAUAUUUAACAAAAUGUGUCAAUAUACUCAUUUUAAAAGUCAGAUACAUUAGUUUUGUGUCACCAACUUUGUCAACAAAUAACUAUUCAAGACAAGUAAAUCAAAUUUCAUCGGAGAAAAUAUGUAGAAUAAAUUAUACACAGAAUAUGGAUACUUUUAGUUUGAUAAAUACCAUUGACUGUUUCGGUUUGAAAUCGAGCAUGAUAUUCUUGCUUUCGAAAUUCGACCACUUUUUACAGUGUCCUUAUCAGUUUCGAUCCGAAAUGAUCGGAACCGAACAAGAAAAUCAAAAACCACUGGACAUUCAAUUAAAUUCAUCAAUUUAAUUUUUAUAAAACUCACAGCAAUUGGAUAACAAACGAGGGAUUUGAGCCUGAAUUCGGCAAUCAGAUUCAGAUAGAAUCUAAUAAAUCGGAAUGUAGCAGUAUUUUAGUUACUUAUUUGAUAAAUAUUAUUCUGGUCGUAGCCUAAUUUGUUUACUUUUUUCAGCAAUAUCGUACAAUCAGCCAAAAUUGUGUCCUAAUGCAACAUGGAACUCGACGGCAAUAACAUUUGCAAAUAGCAGUGUUGUUGGCUCGUAUCCUCAAGGAAUUUUUGUUGAUACAAACAAUACUGUUUAUGUAGCCCAUCGAACAAACAAUGCAGUUCUAGUAUGGUUUAAUGAAAGUACCACGCUGACACAAAAUAUAUCUGGUGGCUUAAGCUAUCCAUAUGGCAUUUUCGUUACGGAUAUAGGUGAUAUUUAUGUUGAUAAUGGAUAUUCGAAUAGUCGAGUCGAUAAAUGGAGAUCAAAUGCAACUACUAGUGUUCCAGCUAUGUACAUGUGUGGACAGUGCUAUGGUCUCUUUGUCGAUAUUAAGGAUACACUUUACUGUUCAUUGUUUAGUUAUCAUCAAGUUAUCUCAAAUUCACAGAGACAAGGUUCAAACACAUGGACUAUUGUAGCUGGUAACGGUGUUGCAGCAUUGUCAUCGACUUCACUUUAUAAUCCUCGUGGAAUCUUUGUUGAUAAGAAUUUGAACUUGUAUGUGGCUGAUAGUGAAAAUGAUCGAAUUCAGUUUUUUCCGCCUGGGCAAUUAAAUGGAACAACUUUAGUGGGCACUGGAGCAUCCGGGACUAUUGCACUCUUAUAUCCAACUUCAGUUGUUCUUGAUGCUGACGGAUAUCUUUUCAUUGUUGACUGUUAUUAUCAUCGCAUUGUAGGUUCGAGUUCCAACGGUUUUCGAUGCAUAGCAGCAUGUUCUGGAGCUGGUUCAAUAUCUAGUCAAUUAUAUUAUCCAUUAACUCUUAGUUUUGAUAGUUAUGGAAACAUAUUGGUUACUGAUCAAUAUAAUCAUAGAAUUCAGAAGUUUCUUUUAUCAACAAAUUCAUGCAAUGGAGCGACAACAGCAACAACAAUGAGUACUGUAACAAGUUCGAUGAGCACCUUCCAACAAACUACUUCAUCAAUAUCCAUGUCUUAUUCAAAUGCUGUUUCGUAUAAUCAACCAAAAUUCAGUGCAUAUACUUCGUGGAGUGGUAAUGCAAUAACUUUUGCAAGCACUGGUACAGUUGGGGCAGCUCCUUAUGGAAUUUUUGUUGAUAUUAACAAUACGGUUUAUGUGGCUAAUCGAGCAAAUAGUCUAGUUCAAGUGUGGUUAGAAGGCAGUAAUAUACCUACAAGAAAUAUCACUAAUGGUUUGUAUCUUCCAUACAGUAUAUUUGUUACAAUCAAUGGUGAUAUUUAUGUUGAUAAUGGAAAUUUAAAUAAGCGUGUUGACAAAUGGAUAUUAAAUGGAACUAUAAGUAGCUCAGUAAUGUAUGUUACACAAGAAUGUUUUGGUAUUUUUGUGGAUAUUAAAAAUAAUCUACACUGUUCAAUGUAUAAUGUUCAUCAAGUUGCAACAAAAUCAUUAAAUGGUAAUUCAAGUAUGUGGAUAGUCUCAGCUGGUACUGGUUGCGUCGGAUCAGCAUCCAACCAACUUUACUAUCCUCGUGGAAUAUUCGUUGAUACUGAUCUUAAUUUAUAUGUUGCUGAUUGUGGAAAUAAUCGAGUUCAACUCUUUCAAUCUGGACAAGUAAUCGCAACGACUGUAGCUGGAGAUGCAGCACCAGGAACUAUUUCACUCUAUUGUCCUAGUGGAGUGGUACUUGAUGGUAAUGGAUAUCUUUUUAUUGUAGACAGUUAUCAUCAUCGUAUUGUUGCACAAAGUUCGAACGGUUUUCGAUGUAUAAUUGGAUGUUCGGCUGUCGCAGGCUCAACAUCGAGUCAAUUAAAUAAUCCAUCGCAUCUUAGUUUUGAUAGUUAUGGAAAUAUAUUUGUUACUGAUCGAGAUAAUAGCCGUGUUCAAAAGUUUAUUUUAAUACCAAAUACGACUUACCCUUUCUCCUUUAAUCAACCAUAUUUCUGUCCAUCUACAACCUGGUAUCUCGAUGGUAUUACGUUCGCUAACUCCAGUAUAGUUGGUUUAGAACCGUACGGUCUCUUUGUCAGUAUUAACAAUACGCUUUAUGUGGCUGAUCGACAGAAUGGUCGAAUCGUAAUCUGGUUAGAAGGAAGUGUCUAUCCUGACAAAAUUAUUUCUGGUGCUGCAAGUUUUCCACUAAGUCUAUUUGCUACACUUUCUGAUGAUAUAUAUAUUGACAAUGGUGUUAGUUAUGCUCGAGUCGAUAUGUGGCCAAAAAAUUCAAACAGUAGUGUUAUUGCUAUGACAAUAGUUGAAGAAUGUUAUAGUAUUUUUGUCGAUCUCCAAAACACUUUGUAUUGCGCGAUGACUUUUUAUCAUCAGAUCGCUAAAAAAUGGUUAAAUGAUAACGGAACCACACUUACUGUGGCAGCAGGUAAUGGUGCAGCGGGGUCGACUCCAUAUCAACUUUAUUAUCCUGCUGGACUCUAUGUUGAUGUUAAAUUUAAUUUGUAUGUGGGAGAUUGUGGUAAUGACAGAAUUCAAAUGUUUCCAUUAGGACAAGUAAAUGGAAUUACAAUAGCGGGAAAUGGAGCACCAGGUACUAUUACUCUCGAUUGUCCCAAUGCAAUUACAUUUGAUGCUAAUGGAUAUCUCUUCAUUGUUGAUAAUUACAACCACCGAAUUAUUGGAAGUGGACCUUAUGGCUUUCGAUGUUUAUUUGGAUGUACGAGUAUACCAGGUUCUGCACCCAGUCAAUUAUAUUAUCCACGAACUUUUGGUUUCGAUAGUUAUGGAAAUCUUUUUCUUGCUGACCAAUACAACCAUCGCAUUCAGAAAUUCAUUCUAGCAUCGAAUUCAUGCAGUAUUUCUUACAAUCAACCUAAAUUUUGUCCAGAUGCAUUAUGGUAUUCAAAUGCUUCAACUUUUGCAACAAACAUUACCAUUGGUUCACUACCGUAUAGUAUAUUUAUUGAUGGCAUUAAUAAUGUGUUUGUGCCUAGUAGACUUUAUAGAACUGUUUCGGUCUGGUCUCAAUGGAGUAACACACCAACAAACAAUAUUUCCAGUUAUUUGAAUAGUACAUUUAGCUUGUUUGUUUCAAUUACUGGUGACAUUUAUAUUGAUAAUGGUUAUUCAAAUGGUCGCGUCGAUAAAUUCAUAUUUAAUACAUCAAAUAGUGUCACUGUCAUGAAUACUAAUGGAAGUUGUUUUGGUUUAUUUCUGGAUAUUACAAAUUAUCUUUAUUGUUCUCUUCGAGAUUUUCAUCAAGUUGUUAAGCUCUUACUAAACAAUGGUACCAAUAUUCCAACAAUUGCAGCAGGCACCGGUUUCGCAGGAUCAGCAUCAAAUAUGCUUGAUUCUCCACAAGGAAUCUAUGUUGAUAAUUAUCUCAAUUUGUACAUAGCAGAUUGUGGUAAUGAUCGAAUUCAACGCUUUCAAUUCGGGCAACUCAAUGGUGUGACAUUAGCUGGAAAUGGAACAUCAGGAACUAUUACAUUGGACUGUCCAACUGAUAUUGUUCUUGAUAGUGAUGGAUAUUUAUUCAUUGUAGAUAGCAACAAUCAUCGCAUUAUUGGAUCAUCAUCCUACGGCUUUCGAUGUUUAGUUGGAUGUUCCGGAGGUGGUUCUUUAUCCAAUCAAUUAUCUUAUCCACAGAGCAUGGCUUUUGACAGUUAUGGAAAUAUGUUUGUUACUGAUCGAAAUAAUAGUCGUGUUCAAAAAUUUAUUCUUAAGAACAAUACUUGUACUAUACCAACAACCAUUCAAACUACUAUAGUCUCGACCACAAAUGCUCUUCAAAGUACGGUUACUCUUGCAACAACUACUAUCGAUACUACGGCUGUUCCAAUUACUACGGCUUUACAAAGUACACUGGAUUCGACCACAGCUGCCGCUCAAACUACUGAGACUGAAACUACAAGUAUAUUGGCACUUGUCCAAAUGUCAACAACAAGCUACAUUGAAUCCACUACAGUCUCGAUCAAAACUACUCCCAUAAUGAUUUACUCUUCGGCGACAAGUACUGUCGAAAUCACUGAAGCUCCUACAACAAACCAUAUCGAAACAACUGAAGCUUUAACGACAAGUGCUCCCACACCAAGUAAAAUUCCUGCGACGAGUACCGAAGCAACUACUGAAGGUCCUACGACAAGUAGUUCUAUAACCACUGAAGUUCCAACGAUGAGUACUACCAAAAGUACUGAAAUUUCAACAACAAGUUACAUCACUACUACUCACACUUUAAUUACAAGUACUCCAGAUACUAGUGAAAUUCCAACUACUACCGCUAUGGAAACUUCUGAAACGGCAACCACAAGUAUCAUCUUAAGCACUAUAGAUGCAAGCACAACAACAAUAUUUCCAAUAGAUAGAAUAACUACAAACAUCGUCGAAACAACUGAUACAAGAAUUUCAACACAGCUUGAGCAAGAAACCUCCUCAAUACAACAACAACAAUCAUCGAUAAUUACAAUUGCAACAACUUCGGAGACACCUAUUACUAACGAAAGCUGUUUUUCACCCACUGUUAUACUCAUUCCUGGUAAAUCAUCUUUAACAUCUCCAUUACAAUAUCGACGAAGUCAAGAUUUUUCUAUUAUUUCGAUUAUUCAAUUAAAUUGUCCAGGUUUAAUUUCAACAAUUACUACAUGGACAAUUAAGAACUGUAGUUCUUCUUGUUCAUAUCAAAUUCAAUUAAAUGAAAAAGUAAUUACAACAUUGAGUGAACUAUAUAUACCAUCAAGAACUCUUGAUUAUGGUGUUUACGAAUUAAAAUUAACUGUAACACUAGUUGAUUUACCAAGUUUAACAUCAUCAUCUUCAGCAUAUGUUAGAAUUACUCCAUCAGGUAUAACAGCAAAUCUUGUUCAAUUGGGAACAUCAUUAAUUACACGUGGAAAUCAACAAGAUCUUUUACUCGACCCUGGAACAUUUUCUAUUGAUCCUGAUGAAGAUUCAUUUGAUGCAAGUAAAUGGAAAUAUGAAUACUAUUGUCGAAUUUAUGGUUUAUAUAACUUUCCAAACUUACAAGGUAUAUUACUAAGUAUUGAUGAUAAUCGAACUGAUCCUUCUAGUCCAUCAUGUUUAUCAAAUCGAUCAACACUGCACUAUACUAAUUCUAGUAUUUCACCAAAAUCAUCAAUAACAAUUCUUGCUGGUUCACUUCAAGCAAAUCGAACAUAUCAGUUCUUAGUUUAUAUGGAAAAUCGUCGAAAUUCUUCUAUUCAAGCAACUGGUUACUUACUUGUUAAAAUUGAAGAAACUCGUCCACAAUUAAUUGCUGUGGGUUGUGUUAUAUCAACAAUGUGUCUUCCUAAUCUUGAAUUUCAACUUGUUAAUCCAACAACACAAGUUGCUCUGUUUUCUAUUUGUGUUGGAAGUUGUACAAAUAUUCAAAACAUAACAUGGAAUAUUUAUCAAGGUUCAGAUAAUUCAUCUUCAAAUACUACUCAAUGGAUUUUGUUCAAUCAAAUGAUUUCAUAUGAAAAUAUUUGGUUUUUUGGUAGAAAUACGACUAAUUUCACAGCAACAAACAAACUAUUUCUUGAGAAUCCUCAAAUAAAUCUUUGGCGAUUUGAAGUUGUUUAUGCAUUGACAUCUGAAACAAGUACAAGUGCCCUAAAUUUUGCAAUUAAUCAACCUCCAUAUAAUGGUUCUUGUUCAAUUAAUCCUCUCAAUGGUACAACAAGUACUUUAUUUACAGUUUCAUGUCCAGAUUGGUUUGAUGAAGAUGGAAUAAAAGAUUAUUCACUCUAUGUUUGGACAAAAUAUUCAUUGGAACGUUUAAUGAUUGCUUUUUCACCAGUAUCACUUUUUCAAGUUCAUUUACCAGUUGGAGAUGAUCAAACAUUCAUACUCAAUAUUGUUAUUUAUGUUCGAGAUCUUCUUGAUUGUCUGACUGAAGUGAAUAUGUCUUCUGUUAGUGUCGUGCCAGAUUCAUCAGCAAUCACUAAUUUAAUUAAUAAUCUACAAAGUUCAUCAAAUUCAAUACAAAAUAAUCCAAUUGUUCAAUUACUUGCUAGUGGAAAUCAAAAUAUUGUUGGACAAGUAAUCACUUCAGUUUCACAACAAUUUAAUAAAAUGAACAGUGAAAGUCUCGACAAUGCUGCUUCAAAUGGAGUUCCACUCGCAAGUAUUUCUAUAGCAUCAUUAGGAAGUACAAAUUCACAAGAAAUUUCUACUUCAUUAAAUGCAUCAGCUCUGACUGAAUAUAAUAAAGAAUUAAAUUCUCAAGCUAAUGUUCGAGAUUAUCUAAUAACAUUUACAAAUAAACUUGCCAUUACAACAUCAAAUAGUAUCAAAUUACAAUCAUCAUCAUUAGCACAAUUGACUCAAGCUACAAAUCAAUUAACACGAGCAAGUUCGCUAUUGGCAUCAAAUAAAUGUUACCAAUUAUCUCUUGCUUUACAUUCAAUGGCAACAAAAAUUCCAUAUGAAGAUGUUCAAGUCGCAUCAACUCAAUUAAUUCAAUGUGCUACAAAUGUUUUAACUGCUAUAAAUGGACCAAUACAACAAAGAACCAGUUUACUUAAUUUAGAUUUGUCUCGUUCAAAUGAAUUACCUAUUGAUUAUGAUACGGAUCUUGAAUCAGAAUGGUCUAAUCUAAAUUUAUUUGCUGAUGGAAAUGAUUUUUCAAUAGAAACAAUUGAAAAAAAUCGAAAUAUUUAUUAUCAAAAACAAGCAGCUGAUCAAAUAGAAACUCAAGUAAAAGAAAUAAUUUCAUUAUUAACAUCUUCAUUAAAUAUUCAUUUGAAUCUUGGUCAAAAUUUAUUCAUAAAUACAUCUGAAACAUUUAUGUCAUUAGAAACAAUAUCUGUUGAAUCACUUUCAAAUAGAAUUAUAAAACAGGUUGGAAAUGCUCAAUUUCGUAUUCCAUCAAAUUUUACAUUCAAUAAAACAAAUAAUUUUUCAAUUUCACUUCGUUCAAUGAUGAAUCCACUUGCUUCAUUUGGUAAUUCAAAAUCUGGAUCAAAUCAAAAUCUUUCAAGAUCAAUUUCACUUUCAAUACAUGUUCAUAAUGAAAAUGAAAUUUCUCUUCAAACGACUUUGACUGAGCCUAUUCAAUUAAUAAUUCCUCGUGAUCCAAAUUUAAUAAUUCCAUCAAUGAUUUUACAAAAUGUAACAUCAAUAAAUAAUACUGCUCAUAAUCAAUUAUUUUAUUUUAAUUAUAUUAAUAUUACAAAUAAUCUUAGUGUUUCAAUUCAUUUUGAAGUGCAUCCUCUCAAUAUAAGUCUCGGUUAUUUAUUUAUUUAUAAAUUUGAUCAAACACCUCUAUUGAAUAGUUCGAUUAAUCCAAUUGAUAGAUGGACUCUUUUUUGUCCUUCUAUAGAUUUAACUAAUGAAAAUCUUUAUAAAUAUUUCAUUAAUAAUCAACAAACAUUAGGUCAUCAAUCAUUAAUAUUUGGUUUAAGAGAAUUAAAUUCAGAAGAACUUAUUGAAUUUUGUUCAAAUUCUUCAUAUGUCAAUCCACCUAUAACCGAUGAAAAAUUUAAUUUUACAUCAAAUUAUGAACUUCGUAUUUAUACAUCAGGUUGUUAUUAUCUUGAUUCUAAUAACAAUUGGAAAUCGGAUGGAUUAAUAGUUGGAUCAUUAACAAAUCAUUAUGAAACAGAAUGUUUUACGACUCAUUUAACAACAUUUGCUGGUGGUUUUAUUGUUUUACCUUCACCCAUCAAUUGGAGUUAUGUUUUUGCUAAUGCUGAUUUUAUGCGAAAUAAAACGAUUUAUUUAACAAUUAUAUCUGUUUCUGUAAUCUAUAUCAUUUUAAUGAUUUAUGCUCGUUAUAAUGACAAAAAAGAUAUUGAAAAAUUGGGAGUCACACCAUUAGUUGAUAAUAUGAAAUCUGAUCAAUAUUUUUAUGAAAUUCUUGUUUUUACUGGUCAACGAAUCGAUGCCGGAACAAAAUCAAAAGUUCAAUUUAUUUUAUCAGGCACUAAUGAUGAAACAAAUGUUCGAACAUUUUCUGAUUCUCAUCGAAAGAUUUUUCAACGAGGUGGAAUUGAUGCAUUUAUUAUGGCUGUUCCUAAAUCAUUAGGAUUAUUGAAUUAUAUUCGUAUUUGGCAUGAUAAUACCGGUCAAGGUUCAUCAGCAUCAUGGUUUCUAAAAUAUAUUAUUGUUCGAGAUUUACAAACAAUGGAAAAUUUUCAUUUUAUUUCUCAACAAUGGUUUGCAGUUGAAAAAGAUGAUGGACUUAUUGAACGUAUUCUUCCAGUUGCUAGUGAAAUAGAAAAACGCAAUUUUUCCUAUGUUUUAUCUAAAAAAGCCUAUCACAGUAUUUCUGAUAGUCACCUAUGGUUUUCAAUUUUUUCCCGUCCAAUGUCAAAUACUUUUACACGUGUACAACGAUGUACUUGUUGUUUUGUUUUAUUAUUCACAUCAAUGUUACUUAAUAUAUUGUAUUAUGAUUUAUCAGCUGAAGCAAAAUCAUCGAAUAAAACAGAGGGUAGCAGUUUAUCAAUUGGUCCUUUACAUAUAACUUCUGAGCAGAUUGGUAUUGGUAUCAUGGUUGAACUAUUAUCAUUAGUUCUAAGUCUUUUAAUUGUUCAAUUCUUUCGACGUAUUCGAAUUCGUCAACAAAUUUCACGAGUACAUCAGACAUUGUAUACGAUUAAACCAUUUUUACAAAUUAAUCCAAGAAAUAUGAAUUCAACUAAAAGAAAACGAAUUAUAAUAAGAUUUCCUUGGUGGUGUUUAUUUAUUGCUUAUGCUCUUUCAUUUUUAAUUAUAGCCAUUUCAAUUCUUUUUAUCAUUGCUCGUGGAAUUGAAUUUGGUGAUUUAAAAACACAGAAAUGGUUAACAUCAAUUCUGACUGGAUUUUUUUCAUCAAUUCUACUUACUCAACCUAUCAAAAUUAUUUGUACGGCAAUAUUUUUUGCUUGUUUUCUUCAAAAUUUAAAUGAGGAUGAAGAAGCAAAUGAAUAUAUAGACGAUUAUGGAAUUGGUUUAAAUAAUAAUGAAGAAUAUCUUCAUUCAAUAGAGUAUGACUCUUUAUUUAAUUCUCAAUCUGAAAAACUUAUGAAUCGUCUUGAUGAAACUGAACUAGCUAAUGCUCGUCAAUAUCGUUUAAAAGAAAUUCAAAUGUGGUCACUUAUACGAGAACUUUUUAUUUAUUUAACAUUUUUGACAUUGAUUUGUAUAAUAGCUUAUUCGAAUUGUGAAUAUAAUAGUUUUCUUCAAGUUCAUCAUUUACGAAAGUAUUUUUUCAAUACAAAACAAAUCAAUUAUGAUUAUACAAAGAUUUCAACAAUCAAUGAAUAUUGGACAUGGUUAGAAAAUAGUUUUGUCUCAAAUCUUCGUGCUCAACAAUGGUAUAAUGGUGAAAAUCCACGAAAUUUGAAUGGUUUUAUAAAUGAUAAAUCUAAUCGAAUAAUAGGUUGGUCAACAAUGAGACAAUUACGUAUUAAAUCAAAUUUAUGUUCUGAUCAACGUAUUAUUUCAACAUGUAAAAAUGAUUAUAGUUUAUUUAAUGAAGAAAAAGAUUCUUUUCAACCAGGAUGGAUUAAACAAACAUCAAAAGAAAUCGAAUAUAGUUCAUCAAUUUUAAAUGCAUUUAAAUAUACAACAAGUAAUAAAUUAGAUACUUAUAUUACUAUAGGUCAACAUGAAACAUAUAGUGGAGGUGGUUAUGUAUAUGAAUUUCGUGGUCGUUUAUCAGAUCUUAAAAGUAAUUUAUCUAAACUUCAUCAAUUAGAAUGGAUUGAUGAUAAAACAAGAGCUAUUUUUAUUCAAUUAAUUUUAUAUAAUCCAAAUGUUCAAUUAUUUACUUCAGUUACUUUUCUUAUUGAAUUUUUAUCAACAGGUUCAAUAUCUCCAACAGCUCGUUUUGAACCACUUAAUUUUUAUAUGUUUACAUCAGUUUUACAAUUGGUUUGUACAAUAUGUUAUAUGUUUUUUAUUAUUUAUUUUAUAAUAAUUGAAAUUCGAUUAUUAUUUGAAUUAAAAUUAAAUUAUUUUCAUCAAUUUCGAUCAUUUAUUGAAUUAGGUAUAAUUAUUUGUUCAUUAGGCAGUGUUGGAGUUUAUAUUUGGCGUUUUCAAGAAUAUAAACGUAUUAGUCAUUUAUUUAAAGAAACAAAUGGAUAUGUUUAUAUUAAUUUACAACUUGCAGUUUAUGUAAAUGAUCUUUUAACAUUUUUUCUUGGUUAUUGUUGUUUUUUUGGUAUGAUUAAAUUUGUUCAUCUAUUUCGUAUUAAUCAACGUAUAUCAUUAUUUACUGAAACACUUCGAUAUGCUCGAAAAGAACUUGUUUCAUUUUCUAUGAUGUUUUCAAUUGUAUUUAUGUCUUUUCUUAGUUUAUUCUAUUUAUUAUUCGUAUCAAAAAUGUCAUCAUGUUCAAGUCUAUUAUCAAGUGCACAAAUGCUUUUUGAAAUGACAUUAAUGAAAUUUGAUGCAAGUGAAUUAAUAGAAGCUGAUGCUGUUAUUGGUCCAUUAUGUUUUAGUAUUUUUAUUCUGUUAGUUGUAUUUGUAUGCUUAAGUAUGUUUAUAUCAAUUAUUAAUGAUAGUUUUCGAUGUGCUCGAGAAAAUCAAAUUCAAGAUCAAGAUAUUUUAUCAUUUACGCUAAAUCAAUUUUUACAUUGGAUAAGAAUAAUAAAGCCAAGUAGAUCACAAAUCGCAGAAGAGCAAGAUUCUCGAAUGCGUUCACAAUAUUUUCAUCCAAUAGAAAAUUUUCCUGAUCGAAUAGAUCAAUUAUUGAAAGCUAUCACUAGACUUCAUAUCAAUCAACAAGUUGAUCUAUUAAGACUACAAAAAGCUGGAGUUUAG